AUGCUCCAAGCGCAGAGCCAACACGUCUUCUCCCACCAGCAUCAGUACCCUCAGGCUGAUCCCUCGUGGCUGCAGCAUCAACAACAGCAACAGCAGCAACAGCAGCAACAGCAGCAGCAGCAGCAGCAACAGCAACAUCACCAGCAGGCCCAGCCUCACUCGCAGCAUCAGCACCAGCACGCCUCCCUGGUUGCUCAACAGCAGGCCCAGGUUCAGGCCGCCGCCGCCGCGGCACAACAGCAGCACUAUGGUCGCCUCGCCAUGAGUGGUAAUGGCGCCGCGAACUCAGCGCAGGGUGCUGGGGGCGUCGCCGGCAUGAACGGAGAGGGUCUUGCGAAUGCCGUCUCCGUCAUGGAUGGUGGUAUCAGUGAAGAGAACCGCAAGGUCUUCAUCUGGGUGGCGGAACUCUUGGACCCCGCCCGUCGUGAAACCGCGCUUAUGGAGCUCAGCAAGAAGCGCGAGCAGGUUCCCGAGCUGGCACUGGUUAUCUGGCAUUCGUUUGGUGUGAUGACUGCUCUCCUCCAAGAGAUCAUCUCAGUCUACCCCUUAUUGAACCCCUCCCAGUUGACCGCCGCGGCUUCAAAUCGAGUCUGCAAUGCGCUGGCGCUCUUGCAGUGUGUCGCAUCGCACAACGAGACUCGCACACUCUUCUUGAACGCUCACAUUCCCUUGUUCCUUUACCCGUUCCUCAACACGACCUCGAAAUCGCGCCCCUUCGAAUACCUGCGUCUCACCUCCCUCGGCGUGAUAGGAGCUCUGGUGAAAAAUGACUCGUCGGAUGUUAUUAACUUCCUUCUGACCACCGAGAUCAUCCCUCUGUGCCUUCGCAUUAUGGAAACCGGAUCUGAGCUUAGCAAGACCGUUGCCAUCUUCAUCGUGCAAAAGAUCCUCCUCGAUGAUAUCGGUCUGGCGUACAUUUGUGCGACUUACGAGCGUUUUUACGCAGUGGGCACUGUCCUCAGCAAUAUGGUCACUCAGCUGGUGGAGCAACAGACAGUUCGUCUUCUCAAGCACGUCGUGCGAUGCUUCCUUCGUCUGAGCGACAAUAGUCGAGCCCGCGAGGCCCUGCGUCAAUGUCUCCCAGAACCUCUUCGAGACGCCACAUUCUCAUCCGUCCUUCGCGACGACGCAGCUACCAAGCGCUGCUUGGCCCAGCUCCUGAUUAACCUUUCAGACAACGUGUCUGAUGGAGCCCCGGCGGCCAUGUAA